AAAAAAGAACUUAUUACCUUAAGGAGGAUUAGAUAUCAUGGAUUUCGACGACAAGAGUUUUGUUCUUAGUUUGCUCAAAUCUCUCAUUUUAAUGUUGUUUUUGUUUGCUACGGCGAAGGCGGUCACCAAUCCUGAAGUAGAGGACGAAACUUCGUUUUCCUAUGUCAUUGGCGCUCCCGACGGGCCACAAAAUUGGGGCAACCUUAAUCCGAAUUGGACACUCUGUAAUACAGGAAGAAGGCAGUCUCCUAUUAAUAUUAUUUACUUUCAAGCCGUGCCCCGUCCUCUAGGAGAUUUGAUCCGCCAAUACCAAGCAGCUCCGGCCGUACUAAAAAAUAGAGGGCGCGAUAUCGAGGUAGAAUGGACCGGAGACGCAGGCGGCAUCGUGAUAAAAGGAACUUAUUAUGAGCUGGUUCAAUGUCAUUGGCAUAUUCCUGCUGAACAUAAAAUCAAUGGAGUUAGGAAAAACAUGGAAUUGCAUAUCGUUCAUGAGAGCCCUCAAGGAAAUAUUGCUGUUGUCGCCUACCUUUACAUCAUAGGACCGGCUGAUCCUUUUCUCGAACGAUUUAUUCCAUUUCUACCAUCCAAUCGUCAAGGAGUCAGUGUGGGAGUCGUUGAUCCAUCCGACAUUGGAUUUUCGAGUAGGGAAUACUAUCGAUAUAAUGGUUCGCUCACAGUUCCACCGUGCUCGGAAAAUGUUACUUGGACAGUAUUCAGGAAGGAAAAAACUGUCUCACCUCAGCAAAUUUCAGCAUUACAAAAUUCUGUGAACAAUGGGAUUACAGGAAAUGCGAGACCGAUUCAACCAUUGAAUGGAAGAACUGUUUACGUUUAUCGACCAAACUAGUUCAACUAAUAAAUUUCCAAAUAUACCGAAAAUAAAUAAAUACAACAUGCUAAUUUGUUGUUUGCUAAUAGGAAUAUCGAAAUGCUACUUACAUUGUAUGAUGUUAGAUCUGUUCGCAAGUAAGCAUUAAUGUAUCGAGUAUGCAUGUCAGUUUAUGCAUGCGAAAUAGAAGAAAUAUUACUACAUAGUUGCAAAAUUA